GAUGAAUUUAUGUUAUCAAUUACACCGAAAAAAACACGAGCUACAACUUGUUUGUUCAAGCAUUUCCUUCAUCAAAAAAAAAGUCUGUAUAGCGAACAAUGAUAGUUCCAAUUGUACAAAUAAAUGUUGUAAUUUUCACGUCUCGUUGAAUUGAAAAACAAGCGUAUUAAGCUAUCUCUUAUCGCAAUUGUGACCCUCUCUUCGGUUGCCCAAUAAACUGGCCACUCGACGAAAUCAGUGUUAGUCGAGCAGCGCAAACAGUAGCAUAUCGAAGAACAUAAAAGAGACAUAUCGAAGACAAUGCCAGAGGUGUCCCAAGACAGGUUCGAGACCAAGAAUCCGCUGGAUCCUCUCUUCACGGCGGAAGUGAUGCGAGCCAGGACGAAUAAUAAUAAUUUGUCCGUGGAACACCCGUUUCUGUGGAGGAAACGGGACAAUUCCGGCAGCGAUUUGGAGGAGAUCGAAACGCGUUACAACAAUCCACCGCCGUUGGGUUUUAAAAGGGAACUCGGACACAGGUAAAUUUAGAUCGCAUGCAAUCUUUGGAUCGAUAUUUGCGCUUCGAUACAGAUUUAUCAUCGCACAGGCAUCUGCGGAUUAAAUUUAUCCAGUAUUUGUUAAACGCAAUAAUCAGUUGCGCUGAACAAUUCCGAUAUCAGCGCUAACGAUUAGCGAUUACGCGUUACCUUGUGAAAUUUAUUUAUAAUCAGAAAUUGACAAAAAUAAAUGUUGAUUGUAAAUGUGGAAAAAUUCCGCUGGGACCUUUGAACCCGCAAUAAUCGAUGCGGUUUUUCGAUAAAAUCGCACGUAUUGAAAGCGGAAAACAAUAAUAACGCUGCGUGCUCGGAAAGGAAAAUUCGAACGGCUCGAAACGUGUAAACCAUCGGUUUUUAGAAUCGAAUUCGAUGGCGUUUCUCGAUCGUCCAGCGACUGCAUUCCGUUCGAAUGCGAACGGAAAAGAGCGGAACUCGCGUAACACUUUCGAUUCGUUUGUAAAUUGGCGUUUAACUUUGACACACGGCCGAUGUGUUUGAUUGGAGAAAUGUUUCGGCGUUUCGCGAAAUUUCUAAUUCGACCAACAUGCUGAUGUUCCUCAACUCGGACUCGUACAAAAUCUUCGUCAAUCGCAGUCUUCACCUCGAAAAUAUCAAGUUCUAUGGAUUCGAUAUGGAUUACACUUUGGCAGAAUACAAGUCGCCGGAAUACGAGAAAUUGGGUUUCGAUUUGGUUAAAAAACACAUGGUUUCGAUUGGAUAUCCACAGGAAAUUUUGCAAUUCGAAUACGAUCCCACGUUCGCUGUUAGAGGUCUUUGGUUCGAUUCCCUUUACGGGAAUCUUUUAAAAGUAGACGCCUACGGAAACAUAUUGGUAUGCGUUCACGGUUUCGAAUUUUUAAAGCAUUCAAGAGUGUACGAAUUGUAUCCGAACAAGUUCAUAACGUUGGACGAAUCGAGAGUUUACGUAUUAAAUACGCUGUUUAAUCUCCCGGAAACGUAUUUGCUGGCGUGCUUGGUGGACUUUUUCACGAAUUGCAGGGACUACACGAUAACGGACAUCGGCAUCAAAUACGGGGAGCUGUUGAUGUCCUACAAGUCCAUCUUUCAAGACGUGCGAAACGCUGUGGAUUACGUUCAUUUGCAAGGCGAUUUGAAGAACAGGACGAUCGAAAAUUUGGAAAAGUACGUGAAAAAGGACGAGCGCCUUCCCAUGUUCCUGACCCGGUUGAAGGAAAGCGGCGCCAAAACGUUCCUGUUGACCAACAGCGAUUACACCUACACCGAUAAGAUCAUGUCGUAUUUGUUCGAUUUUCCGCACGGCGCCCGGCCCGAAGAUCCCCAUCGGAAUUGGACGACUUACUUCGACGUGGUGGUGUGCGACGCGCGCAAGCCGCUGUUCUUCGGCGAAGGCACGAUCCUCCGGCAGGUGGACACCACCACCGGGGGCCUUCGGGUGGGCGUCCAUACGGGGCCGUUGUUGUCGAAUCACGUGUACUCAGGGGGCUCUUGCGACGUCUUUACGCAAUUCAUAGGAGCAAAGGGUAAAGACGUCCUAUACGUGGGAGAUCACAUAUUCGGUGAUAUUUUAAAAAGUAAAAAAAUUAGAGGUUGGAGGACGUUCCUUAUAGUGCCUGAAUUAGUGAGGGAAUUGCACGUUUGGACUGAUAAAUGUCAAUUAUUCGAAGAAUUACAGGGAUUAGACGUUCAAUUGGGCGAUAUGUAUAAGCAUCUAGAUAGUAGCGCGAAAGUAAAACCGGAUAUAUCGAAAGUUCGAGCGGCCAUUCGGGACGUUACGCACAAAAUGGACAUGUCCUACGGCAUGAUGGGCAGUUUGUUCAGGUCCGGCUCCAGGCAAACGUUCUUCUCCUCUCAAGUUGUGAGAUAUGCCGACCUCUAUGCAGCGUCGUAUUUGAACCUACUUUAUUAUCCGUUUUCGUAUAUGUUCAGGGCGCCGGCGAUGCUGCUGCCGCACGAAUCCACGGUGGCGCACGAACAGCAUUUCGUUGAAUUCGGCAACGAACGGGACGCUCCCACCGAGAUACCCGAGCCGGAGCCGCCGCGGCCGGAACCCAAAAACGAGAAACGGCCUCUAGAACGGGCGCCGAGUCAAAUACCUCACGUUCGACCUGAGACACCGCAAUCGGUCACCCAUAAUCACGAUGAAGAUUAUUCGGAUGAUGAAAGCGAUGAUAAAACUAUAAGAGCAGAUGAUUACAGUUUAAUUAAAACGGCGGUAGAGAGCUCGAAGUUAAAACUAGAAAUGAAAAAAGCUGAUAUUUGAAUUUGAUCAGUUGAUGGCGGCAAUUUUCAAAACACACGCUUUUGUCAGUAAUAUUGCCAUACAAUACACGAAUGCACACGUUUAAUCCUUUUAAUUUCGUUUAAUAUUACUGACAGAUAUACUUUAAUAAACAUGCACCGUUAUAAUUAAAUUACGAAUGAAAUUAAAAUUAGAUUUGCAUCGUUGAUUGCUCAAAACGUUAUUAAUCAAAAGUAAUUAUUCUAAGAAAAUGGCGCGUUACAAACAGCAUCUCCCCUAAAAUUAACUAGUUGAGCUAAUUCGCACAAUAAUUUGUAAUAUAUGGAAAUUUUAUAAUCAUUUUUAUUUUAAUAAAGCGCUCAUGGAAUUCACAGGUGAUUCUUAAUGGUGAUUAUUUUAUAUAUUUACUUAUAUAGCAAUAAUAAGAGUCUCUAUAUAGUUUUCUUUUUUAAUAAUUGUUUAUAUGUUGAAGAAAUAAAUAGAUUUGUUGAAUUAU